GACAACCGAUGAACUUCAUGACCACCUAAACUCACAACAACGACAACAAAUCAAUAGUAAUACGUACGUUGUUAAACUUCUUUAAUUUCGAUCCAUUCCAUAGAUAUAUGGAUACCGUUAAGAGUCUCAAAUCAUCCAGCGGCCGCAUUAUUAGUUUAAACAUACCCAUACCGCCGAUAUUCUCAAGGUCCUUUUCAAGUUUAAGCUCGCCAAGAACUCCGACCAAGUCUCCGGCGAGCAGCAUUACUCCUCCACGCCGGAGCUCCGGCGGCAGAGAUGGAGAAUUCAGGGAAGUUUUCAGACGGUUCGAUACGGACAACGAUGGGAGAAUCUCGGCGUACGAGCUGAGAGCCUAUUUCGGGUCGGUAGGGGAGCACAUGUCGCACGAGGAAGCGGAGGCGGCGAUCGGCGCGCUCGACGGCGACGGUGACGGCUUGAUUGACUUUCAGGACUUCUUGAAGCUGAUGCAGAGCGACGGCGGCGGCGACGGGGAGGAGGACGGGGACCUCAAGGCGGCGUUUGAGAUGUUUGAGUUCGGGAAAGGGUCCGGCAGGAUAACUCCGAAGAGCUUGCAGAAGGUUCUGAAUUGGUUAGGGGAACCUAAAUCGUACGAGGAGUGUGUUACUAUGAUUAAGGUUUAUGAUAUUGACGGCAAUGGAGAGCUUGACUUCCAUGAAUUCCGGCAAAUGAUGGCUGCUUAAGUACAUAAACUUAUCCAGAUUUCUUGUUCUAAAUACUGUCUAUGAACUAAUCAGCUAAAUCCGUGCAGGCAGGUUUGUGAUCAGCUGGUAUGUGUUCAAAUCAAGCAAACAAGGUUUGGUUAAAUGAUAAUUAUAUCAUUAUUUGUAUAGCGUGAAGAAGAAGUAUGUAAUUAUAUCAUUAUUUUUGUGUGUGACUGUGUCUAUUUGUGUGUAUCGUGCCCUAAAAAUUGGUGUUUAAUCUAUUUAUUUGAAACUUUUAUUUUCUUCACUA